UUGACUGACAGCCGGUUCAAACAGACCGCUGAGACUCGGUCUGACCGGACAGAAGCUGGUCCGGACGGGGCGACUUACUGACCAUGAGGCGGAGAAGCAGCAGCACCAGCUCUUCCAGCCGGAGAAGCUCCAUUGUCAGACGGAGAAGUGAGAAUCUGCGCUUCGACGAGUUCGGCUUCGCUCUGACUAAAAGAAAAGACCGAAAAGUUCAUCACCGGAGUCACGACUACAGCUACCCUCAGCUCAGCUCAGGAAAAGUUAAAGAGCUGUGUGAGCUGCUCAGCUACUGGAACGGAUCCAGCUUUAUCUGCAGGAGUCAGAUAGAGAGGUUCAUCAGGAUGGGGAUUCCUCCGAGCCUCAGAAGUCGCGUGUGGAAGUGUCUCCUCAGCAUCGACGGUCUGAGAGAAACUAGUGACUUCAACUACCAGAGCUGCCUGUGUGAGGUUCGAGGUCCUCUGGUGGAUUUGGGAGUCAGUGAAUACGGGAUUUUAUCUGCCAUCGCCACGCUGAGCGACACCCAGAACGACCUGGACCUGAACCGACAGCAGCCGUCCAGCUGCUGUGAGACCAGAUACUCGGUCCAGGACAUUGUUCUGUUCAGACAGAUCGCCCUCGACCUGCAACGUUCCUUCCCCACUCACCGCUCUCUGAUGGGAGAAAGUCCAGAAGCCAUCGAGGGUCAGGCUAAACUCUUCAGAGUCCUCAUCGCCUACGCAAAGUACCACCCACAGGUCGGAUACAGCCAAGGGAUGUCCUACAUCGCUGCAGUGCUGCUGAUGCAGCUGGGAGAAGAAGAAUCUUUCUGGGCUCUGACGGCUUUGUUGGAUAAACCCAAAUAUCUGUCUGAGCUGUUUGACCUCAGCCUCACCAAAGUCCAGCAGCAGGUGAAGGUGUUUGAACAGUUCCUGAAGCACAGGAAGCCUCGACUCUCCCAGCACAUGGAGUCGGUGGGAGUCUGUUCGGUCCACUUUGUGACGCCGUGGUUCCUCACUCUGUUCACUUCCCUGCCCUGCUGGGACUCUGUGCUGGCCGUCUGGGAUCUCAUCAUUCUGCACGGCCUGUCUGCGGUGUUUCGUACCGCUCUGACCGUCAUCGAGCUGCUGGAGCCUCGACUGAUGGACCUGAAUGAUGAAGGAUCCAUUUUACCUCUGCUGCUGAGAGUCCCUGUGAACGUGGCUCAGUACUCUGUGUUGGUUCCUGCUCUGUGGAACACCGACGUCCAAGACUGGGAGCUCAAAUGUAUGACCAGUCUGGUGCUGGACGAGAGCCACCACGGAGCUAAAACAGAGCAGAGUGAAACGCAGAAAGAAACGCCGUCCAGCCAAGUCGACUCAACAAAAGAAAAAGUUUCCGCUCCAUCUGAGGCAGAAAAUACCGAAGCAAAGGACCCGGUUCCAGGUCCCGUCAGCGUUCUGACCCGGGUGAUGCGUCUUGCCCAGCGGUUCCUGUUGGAGCCGAUGAGCCGACAGCGGGUUGAAAACAAGAAUCCACAAACACAAGCAAAGACCAGACAGAGGAGUCCUGCAGCCGCACGAGUCUUCAGGAGUCGGACUUCAGCUUCGUUACCGAAAACUCAGAUCGGGUUGAGGAGGCGGAGCCAGCAGCGAGGUGGAGCCCAUCAGCCAAUGGGGCAGGGGGGCAGCGGUGAUGUCACUGCCAGAGAUGACAGAUCAGAACAAACCCAUCAGAAGUCGGGUACCGGACCUGUUGGCAAGGUCAACCAUCGCCGUAGCAACCACAGCAUCAUCCACCACGUCAGAGCCAAAUCUCUCCGUCUUGUACGAAACAAGAACCCAUCGAACCAGAACCCUCCAUCCUCCUCCCCCUCCUCCGUCCUGCCUUCGUCCCUUCGGUCCUCCAACCCUCCUCCAUCUUCAAGUCCUCAAACUGUGGAGCAGCUGGACUCUCCAAAGACGGCUCUCAUCAGAGAGCUGUCGUCCAGACAUCAGACCAGCGUCCCGUUCAGGAACUCCAGAGAGUCGAAGCUGAUCUGAAGAAGGAACGACGGAGCAAGUGACGGAUUAAAUGCACUAAAAGUUUCCUUUAAAAUGUGAAAACUGAUUGAGGUUCUGCUGGUUUAUAGACAGACUGAGAAUCACUCAUUUACAGACAGAACUUUUUACUCUUUCUCACUCUACUGACCCACUAAUGCUUCACACUGACGCUUUUAUUGUCUAACUAAUAAAAUAUUGAUGCUUUUGA